UUCCAGGGGCGUAGCCAGAAAAUUUUUUAGGGGGGGGGGGACAUUUUCGAAAAUUAAAAAACCGUUAUUUUGUAUCCUUAAAUCUAGAUUCAUUCUUCAUAAGUUUAAAUAUUUAAUUCAUUAUUCAUACAUUAAAUUUAAUUUUUCGUGCUGAUUUUGACAUUUCUUUCAUCACUUCCUCUAUAUUAACUGGUUCUUCUCUAUAAAUACUUAAUAAAACAAUUAUCAGAUUUUCGUAGGAGGACCCGGGCCCCCUAUGCCCCCCCCCCCCCCCCCCUCCCAUUUGUAAUAUAGUCUUAGGAACUGCUGAAGUUAUCGAAUUGCCUUGAGCAGAGUUGUCAACUAUAAAAGGCAAAAAUCCAGUUCCUUUGGCUAGUCUUCGCUUUUUGACUAGGAAAUUUUUUUUGCCUUUGGCUAGGCAUGCCUAUACAUAGGUGUUGCCUGGACAAUGUCAAAAGCUACCAUGCUCUGGUGAGGCGCAUUUCCAAAGGUUCUGGCUUUGAGUUUAGUACAAGAAAAUUUUGGUAUGUUUGAGAAAUUUCUUCAAUUUAUUUUGACUAGUAAAGAAAUUAACGGAUUUUCAAACUUUUAAAUUUCGGUUACUUUGUAAACUUUUUAAAAAAUUGAAAUUUGAGUUAAUAAACAUCCAGAUUUUAAGGUUUGAUUUAUUUUUUGUCAUUUUGAAUUAAAUAAAACAACAUUAUUAGGCAGUUUAGCACUUUUCGAGGACUUAACAAAAUGGUAAUCAACUGUGACUUCCAAAAUGUUUUCUAUCAACACUGCGGCAAUCAAAUGACAUGCUUGGUUGAAAAUCAGCAACUUCCAGAAAACAAAGUUAUUGAAUUUUACAUAAGAAAUGGCCGUCGAAUCCCCAAAAAUUCCGUAACUUUCGUAAAAUUUAACAAUUGCAAUGUCACCAAAGUUCCAAAUGGAAUUACGACCGUUUUUGUUAAUUUAAAAGUUUUGAACAUUUUCAACUCAAAAUUGAAGAAAAUUUCAAAAGAGGACAUUGCUGAAUAUCGGAAUUUGGAGCAAUUUUUUUGUCAAGAAAAUGAGAUUGAGUUCCUUCCUGGCGACUUAUUUGAUGGAUUUGUGAAUUUAAUUUAUGUUACUUUUUGGGGAAAUAAGUUGAAAGUUAUUGAACCGAAUAUUUUGGAUGGACUUGUCAACUUAAAGCAUGCAAGUUUCCAAAAAAAUGUCAAUUAUAAUUGCUACUACUCAACUUAUCCUAUAUUUCCACACGGAAUCUCUCUUGCUGAUAUGAAGGCUGAACUUUAUGAGAAGUUUCAGAAAAGAUUCAAAUUUUUCGAAGACAUGAAGGAAUCUCUUGAAGAAUUGAACGAAACUGCAACGAAUUUAAAGAAAUCUGAACUUAAAUGGACCUACAAAUACCUUGAGUUGGAUAACAAAGUGAUGAACUUGAACAAAACCAUUCAGGAUCUUCAAGAGUCUGAAAAAAAGCUGAAAUCAGAAUUAGCUCAUCAAAGGCUUCAACAAACGCAGCCACGAGGUCAAAGUCCAAACCCUGGUCCAAACCUUACAAUCGACAUCAGAGCCUUUAUUCAAGAAGAAGCCACAAAAGACUUCCAGAUCACAAUUGAUGGCCAAAACUUCCCAGUCCAUAAAUUCCUGCUUGCAGCUCGAAGUCCAACACUGGCUGAAAUCUUGAAAAACAAUCCUGAAGUUGAAAGUCUUAAUUUGGUCGACAUUUCUGUGGAAACUUUUGAGAUGAUUCUUAAAUUUCUCUACACUGAUGAACUUCCAGGCGACGAUGGGACAAACUUUUUUCAUCUUUUUACUGCUGCUGGGAAACUGAAGAUUGAGAAGCUCUUAAAAUUUGCAGGAUCAAAAAUCAUUAAUGAAAUCAAUCAAGAAAAUGCAUUGACAAUCUUCACCAUAAGUGCUAGUUUUGGGUUGAAUGACCUCAAGCAAAAGUCAUUCCAUUUUAUCAAAAUAAAGUACAAAAAGAUUAACAUUAAGGACUACUGGAUCCAUAAUCCAGAAACGCUUAUCAAAAUAAUUGAAAAGUUCAAGAAAAAAGAGGAAGCUGUGAAGGAGUUUGAGAAAGAAUUGGACAAAUUGGCUAUAUGAGUAGGGUGGGCCAGCCCUAGAUGUGUGCCGAACUUUUAUGCCGAAAAAUUCAAUAAAUUUUAUUUCAC